UAUAACUUUCUAAAUAUAUGUACAUAACACAUGCGGCACGAAUUCAGUACGAAUAGAACACUAUUUUUCAAAUAAAAUUUGAAAAAACCUUAAAAAUAUUAGCUUUGUACAAGCUUUAUGUUUUUAUUAUAGUAAAGAUCAUAUUUAAUUCAUUAUACUUUGCCCAAAACGUGUAUAAGUUCAAAGCGAGGUUAUGAUCUGGUAUUCUAAUUGAUAUAUAUUGUUGUUAUUCUGUGUAAAUGAUGAAAUUAACGUCGAAUAUAUAUAUACUGUGUGAAUAUAUGUAAUUUCUAUGUAUAAACGUAGAAAAACAAUUGAACUAAAAUGCUUAAACAAUCGUUUAGAAAACUUGUUCCUGCACGAAAGACUUGUUUAACAAGUCGAAUUAGUAACAUCUGCAAUUAUUCGACUACUGUGAGCGAGGAUGAGAAUCCUGAAAAGAAGGAUAACGAAAAUUCUCGCAAAUAUAGAACGAGGGAGGUAUCAGAAUUGCUUGAGGAAGCAGCAACGUUCAGUGAUAUUAAGAAUAAAGAAUGGGCGACGAGUCCUUACGUCCGAGACGCGCCUGUAGUUCAACCAGAGGAACCAAAAGCGACGACCGACCCGGCGGACACAUCCGUGUUCCUGUUCCCUGGCCAAGGGACCCUCAAAGUUGGUAUGGUUAACAAGUACGUGCACUAUCCUGGUGCCAAAGAACUGUUCGACAUAGCUAAAGAGAUAAUUAAUUAUGAUCUACUGAGAUUGUGUUUGGAGGGUCCACAAGAGAAAUUAAAUAGAACAGAGUACAACCAAAUCGCCACAGUAGUGUCGUCUUUGGCUGCGUUAGAAAAAAUCCGAGAAGAAAACAGUAAAAUAUUCGAUGCCUGCGUUGCCACAGCUGGUUACAGCGUAGGAGAAAUAACUUCUCUGAUACUCUCUGGUGCUAUAACGUUUGAGGAUGGGGUCAGAUUGGUUUGGACCAGAGGUAAAGCUAUGCAACUUGCUGCGAAUAUGACUCCACAAGGGAUGAUGUCUGUGAGUUGUUUAAGAGAGGCGAAAGUUGCGAAGGCUUGCACAGACGCAACAGUCUGGGCGAGGGACAGGGGUGUAGAAAAUCCGGUAUGCAAAGUCGCCAUCUUUGUAUGUACGGAGAGGAAGAUUCUAGCAGGGAACGAGGAAGCGUUGGGUUUUAUACAGAAACAUGCAAAAGAAUAUGGCUUAACUAACGUUACCAAAUUGCCCGUAUCAGGAGCAUUUCACACGCCAUUGAUGGAGCCUGCUUUGAAAUCCAUCUUUGACGUGCUGAAGUCGAUAGAAGUUCACGAACCCAGGUGUAAAGUAUAUUCCAAUUACAGAGGCAUGGCGUACGGCAAUUUAAGGUAUAUGAAAAAGUACAUAUGGAAACAAAUCGUGUCGCCAGUUAAGUGGGAACAAUGCGUGCAGAAUUUAUACCAGAGGCCUGAAGGGAUUUCGUUCCCACAGACGUACGACAUAGGAUCCGAGGGGAGAAUGAAGACUAUUUUAAGACUAAUCAACGCGAAAGCGAGUAGAACGUGUACUGUCAUUUAAUAAAAUUUUCUCGCCUUUUGUUCAAUUGUUA